AUGGCUAGCAGCGAGGUGUCCGAUCACAGCGAUGACCAGCGACUGAGCAAGACCGUCUUCUGUGUCAAAGCGAAGGUCGAAUGUCAAUAUCUUGGCCAACCCAGGAAGCGUGGUCUGCGUGCUGGCUAUGUCACAGAACUCGAGUCUCGAAUCGAGUCUCUCCAAGGUCAAUUUGAUGCACUGAAGAAUUCACUUACGUCGACUCCGGUUGUCACCACUUCUGCUACACCGUCGUUGAUAAUCGAGCCUCAGCAACAGUUCCACCUGCCAGAGAUAUCUCCUGCCGCAAAUUCGUUUCCUCGCAAGCCGAUAAAUGGUACAUCGCGACAUCUUGCAGAGAGAAAUGGUGCUGUUGCCGACCUGAUGUCUUUGCCGAGCUCUUACUUCCAUACACUUGCAGACUUCUGGUUUAAAGAAGAUCACAAUUGGCUACCUAUCCUAGAGUAUGAGAGGAUUCAAGCUAGCCUGGCGGAACUUCCAGACACGGUCGACUAUAUACCUGAUGUCGUGUUACGUGCAGUAAUCGCACUCAAAAUCGAGUAUUCUUCUCAAGCAAUUUCAUUAGGCUAUAAAGGGCGACGAAGAUUGUCGCUGCACCUGCGUUCCGAAGUCCUGACAGAGGCAAUGGCAAAUCCAUCGUUGAGCUCCAUACAGGCAUUGUUCAUCAUCGCGCUUCUCGAUUUUGGCUCGGACAACAUACCUAGCACAUUCAAUAUCAUGUCAAUGUGCCGACGCACAGGUGAACACAUUGGCAUCUUUCGCCAGCUUCUGCAGCGUAUCGAAGCACAGUCGCCACACCAAGUCGGUCCGCCAUCACGAGAAACCUUCACAUCUGGCAACUCCCAAGUUGCCCAGACAUGGGGCAUCCUCGCCUUCGACGCCGCCUCCUCACUGGGAGUAUCCUGGCAGGACAAAACAGCCGCCCUUAUCGACCAUCUUUCGGGUAUAGCAUACGUUACAGCACCAGAUUUCAGGGACUCCUUUGUCACCCACGUUCAUUUGGCCGCAAUCGGUCUGCAACCCGUGCAUGACUUCUUCCUCUCCUUUGCACGAGGUCGUCAUCAGGUACUGGAAGGAGAGACAAUGACGGCAACUGAGGACAUAUAUCACAACUCCAUGUCCUAUAUUCGUGGCAUGCCAACAUCGGGAUACACCAUUCUCGCCGAUGGCGCCGUCGAUUUCGACAUCAAUCACAUCUUCACUAGGCUCCUCGCGCAUGCUGCCGUCAUCAUGAUCUAUCAGCGUUAUGUCCUCGACAAUGAGAACCAGAACAUUCAGCUCGCACGUGAUCGAUGUAUGGAGUCCUACCACCAGAUCAUCGACGUAGUCCGUAACAUGUCAGAUGCAGAUACGGAGAUCAACAGCCCAGCUUUUGCCCAUUUCGUUGCACAAGCCAUCCGCUUUCGACUAGCACUGGAGCGCGGCACAGGUUUCGCCCGCGAAGCAGUUUUCGAUAUACUUAUGCAUGCAAUCAAUAUGUGUGCAAGGCGCUGGCCACUUGCAAGGAGACUCGAUGUUGUAUUUAGAGCUGCACUGGCCGAGAUUGACUCUCAAGCUCCAUUGGGUCUGCCUGAAGAGUUUUGGGAUCUAAAGAAGAGCACGCAUGAUAUCUCAGAGUCUUUGAAAACGUGGGUAAAUACGAAUAAAGAAUUGCUGUGGUUGAGAAACCUGAACGGUCCUUAUGCCUGA